GUGCGGCUGGUGAGACCUUCCAAACCUGCUGCCGACAAACCCUUGAGUUGCAGGUGCCAAGCGUUAACUUCGUGACUCCAGCACGUACAAGGCCGAGUCCUUUCCAUCCAGCGGCCAUGCAGCGAGAACCAGGUCCAGCCGCUGGGCAAGCCUCAGGCUCUUUUCAGUGCUUUGCGCUGACCUCUGAGUUCUUUGACCAGACACCACAGCUGCCACCGUGGCCCGCACCGCAACGAUGUCCCUCGGGCUUGAAGAUCUACCCGAUUGCUAUUGGCAUCGCUGAUGAGCUGAUAGUGCCGUGUAUUCCGCUGAAAAGGUUCGACUACGCUUUGGUAUGGCCUGGGGACAGACGCACCUAUAGUUUCAACCAUAGAAUCAGCGAGGACACUGUGGCCUACCAUGAAAACUUACGCCAGGCAUGGUUUGCUCUGACUCGGCCAAAAGGCGGCUGGGACUGCCUGCGGCAUUACGAGAUCCUGGCAGCAGGAUCCAUGCCCUACUUCCUGGAUCUAAAAAGGAGACCAGCAAAGAAGGCCGCGUUCCUGCCAAUGCACCUACUCCGUGUUGCCAAAACUUUGCCGGGCGUUUAUGAAGGACGGAUAGAUCCCUCCACCUUCAGCAUACGUACUUGUGUGCGGCCAUGUGGAAAAUACUUGGAGACAAUGGCGCCGCUUCUUCGAUACACGAAGCAACGCUUGGCAGCUUCCAAGCUCGCAGAAUAUUUGCUGAGCCAUUUGCGGGUGCAUCGUCGCUCGGUCCUUUUCCUUCUGCCGCCAGAUGGUUACCACACUGGAGGCUACGCUUCUCGAAACAUGUUCUACGGCUUGAGGAGGGUUCUUGGGCCAGAAAAUGUUGUAGACUACCCCAUGUUUGCCGAGAUGUACGCGGCUCAUGGCAGGAUGGACAUGUCCACAACUGGGCUGCUUCAUGCGCCGGCAAUACAACUGAAUUCCAGCCAAGUGGAAGAUUGGCUGAGAGCUCGCAAGUUUGGUGCUGUAAUCUACAGCAAUGCUCGAGCCCCUUUGCUGUUUUGGGACCUCGUGGUGAGUCUAUAUGCACCAGAAGAGGUUGCUUUCCUGGAUGGCUUUGACCAUGCCAAUGGCUCCAACAUUCUGCGCUUGGCACCUCAUGGGAGGUACUUCCUUCGCGAGAUGGAGGAAGGUUGUCCAACAGGGCCUUACACGUGGAAUUCUGAUGGUAACGCAAGCGCGACGGAGAAAGUGCGGAGGCUCUUCGCAGUUGCUUGCUUUGUGCUUCUUGAAGAUGCCAUUGCAGCGACUGGAGCCUUUGUGGCAUGUGGGGAGCGUAUGAUUAGUUCAGCAAUACCGGUGCACUCUGGCGCACGUUGA